ACAAAUAAUCAUUGAUCUUAAUAAUUUUUAGUAUUAACAACAACAUAAGUUCUUAAUCCAUAGAUUUGUAAAAUAUUUUAUGCCUAAAUUAAGGAUAAUUAACUGGAUAAAAUCGUGUUGAAAAAUUUUGUUUCAAAUGUAUACAUAUGUUGGUAAUAUUUUAUGAGUUAUUACGUUGAAAAAUGGAUAUUGAACAGUUGGGAAAUGACGCCAAAGUUGCUGCUACUAAAUAUUUUACUAGCAUGCUUCAAAAACCUGGUCAGCUCGAAAAGGUUGAUCAAUUAAAGAGUCGAAUAACUCGUAAAAAAACCUCUACGGAAGCUAUGUUAAAAACUGCUAUGCAAAGUCAAUUAGAUGGAGUCACUGUUGGAAUGGAACAACUAAAAGACGCACUACAUGAUAUUAACCAGGUAAAAAUUACUUUAAAAGAAACAAAAGAAUCAUUUGUGAAUUUACCUUCACUUGGAUAUAAAUUACAAGAUGUGCGCAAUAAACAAAUGCAACAUUCUCAAUAUAUGACAGCUAAUGAAAAUAUGAAGCAUUUAUUUACUGUGCCUGAAAGUAUUGAAAAAACAAAACAAUGGAUUAAUGAAGGUAAAUUGCUACAUGCUCAUCAGUGUUUAGUUGACUUAGAGAACUCAAGAGAUGAUCUAUUAUUUGAAGUUUAUAAAUUACCAAAUCAGGCGCCAACUGAUAAAAUUCUUCUUAAAGCAUAUUUUGAAGAUGUAGAAGUAGUAUCUAAUAUGUUAGGUAAACAAAUCAAGCUAGUUUUGAGUAGAACAUUGAAUACUGUACGAAAAGAACCUAUGGUUAUUGUAACAGUCUUGAGAAUAGUUGAACGGGAAGAACGUGCCGAUAUGUUUGCACUUCAGCGGCAGAAACAGUCUGGAUUUAUACCUCCAGGUCGUCCUAAAAAAUGGAAAGAAAUGUCUUUUGAAGUUCUUAGAAAGUCUGUUGACCAAAGAAUUGAAGGAACCCAGGUUAAUGAGAGAUCUGACAAUAAAAUGUGGCUUGUUACAUAUUUUGAACUAUGUCGUCAAUUAAUAUUAGAAGAUCUUAGAGUUGUUAAAACUUUGUGUGUGCCUUGUUUUCCUCCACUAUACAAUAUAUUUGAUCGAUUUGUUAACAUGUAUCAUUCUAGUCUAUCCUCGAAUUUAGAGGAAAUAAUAUCAAAUGGUCUUGAAGGUAAUGAGUAUGUAACAGUUAUAUCAUGGGUAACCAACACAUAUCCUGGUCUAGAAUUAAUGUGUCAUCCAGAACUUAAUAUAGAUGUUAGGAAAAUUGGUCCUUUAUUAAAAACGUCAAUAAUAAAUGACUUACAGUCAAAGUAUUUAGAAUAUAUAAAAAAUAAUUACAAAGAUUGGAUGUUGAAAACAUUGGAUACAGAGAGAAAUGAUUGGUAUGCUGGAACUUCUCCUGAGGUAGGCCCAGAUAGUUGUUUUCAUACUGCUGCUCCUGUUAUAAUAUUUCAGAUGAUUGAUCAAAAUUUACAAGUAACUAAAACUAUUAGUCAAGAACUAACACAUAGAGCUUUAUUAUUAAGUGUUGAUAGCAUUACUGUCUAUGGAUCAUCAUACAAAGAAGCUGUCAUAGAAUUUAAGAAAAAACAUUUUGAAGACAGAAGCAAAGUUCCUUUUUUUACUCAGUGUAUCAUAACUGUAUUGAAUAAUUGUUUACAGUUUAUUGAAUUAGCAUUAGAAAUGAAGCAACAGUAUUGGAGCAGUGAAUUUAAAGAUCAAUCCAGUACAGCUUAUGAAAAGUUGUUGAAGACUUUUCAAAAUCUUAGAGAUGAAGCUGCUCAAUUUCUUUUAGAAGAAGCAUUUCUUGACUUAGACUCACACUUUCAAGAUUUGAUUACUGUGAAAUGGCUUAGUAGUUUCAUUUCUAUUGAAACUAUUUGUGUCACCCUUGAAGAUUAUUUUCAAGAUUAUGUUCAUUUAAAACCUAAAAAUUUUGAAUACAUUAUUUUAGAAGCUGAAGACAUAAUUGUGCGGCGUUACAUAAUGGCUAUGUUUCAAAAAAAAUUAACAUUUAAAAUGUAUGAUGAAAGACGUUCAGCAGCUGACAAAAUGAAUAAAGAAGUUGAUCAAUUAAAAUCAUUUUUUGCUCGUGUAGCACCGGUUGUGAAACGUGAUACUGAUUCACCUUUUGAUGCUGUUAUUAAACUAUCAGAAGUUCUUAAAAGUGAAGAUUCAGAAAUAUUAUCACUAGAUUUACAUACUUUGGUAAAGACAUAUCCUGAUAUUACAGAAGAUCAAAUGACACGAUUGUUAACUCUAAGAGGGGAUCUAAGUAAAUCAGAAAUUCGUGAAAAAGUACAGUAUGCAAUUCAAGGUAAUAAAGAACUAACAGGAAUUACUUUAACCAAGAGUAUAUUUCAACAAAUUGUAUUAUAAUAAAUUAUUUUUGAUAAUUUUUUCAUUAAUUACUAUAAUUAAAAAUUAAAACAUGUUAUUGUUAAUUAAAUUUUUUAUUUAUCAAAUAAGUUAUCUAGCUGUGUUAUAAAACAUUGUUGUAAAACAAAAUAUAUAAAUUUAUUAAUAGUGUACUGAAGAUUUUGUAAACAAUUAAGUAGAGAAAUAUUAUUCUUUUUCUUAUUAUUAAUUA